AUGUCCCCAGCGAAGGCGUUAACCAACACUACAGAGGCUACCACGUUGACGACAGAGGUCUUUAAUGUCACAACUACAUUAUCGCCCCUUCUGCAAAACAACUUCCUUUCAUGGGCCAGUCGUGAGCUGCACAUCACCAAUGUUGCAUUGCUGAUUUUCGUCCUCAUCCUCAUAUUCAUUGCCAUUCUUCUUGGACUAAUCCUCCUCAUUUGCUGUUGUCGUGCCUGCUGUCGAAAGGCAAAAAAACGUGGGCCUCAAUACCAAAAAAUGCCCAGUGUAUACAAGGAUCAACUGCCAGGCGCCUUGGAAGACAUUGAUGGCGAAAUAUUAGGCACACUGGAGUACUCCCUGGAAUAUAAUAUGACAUCGAAGACACUGAAAGUCGGCAUUAUCCAAGCUAUGGACCUCGUCACCCCACCGGGUUCAGGCACAGUCGAUCCCUUUGUCAAGGUAAGUGUCAAGGGAACGCCGUCUCUGGAAAAGCCAAAAUCCAAGGUGAGGGUCGCCAGAAAAGUCUACACAACAGACAUUAAGCGAGACACUACAUGUCCUGCAUUCAAUUCUGCCUUCGUCUUCAAUGUGCCCUAUGAUGACCUCAAGACUGCCGUUGUGCACUUUGUCGUCUAUGACGCUGAUGAACCUAAUCAACCUUUAAUAAUUGGAGGACUAAAUGUUCAACUGAGCUCGCUACCGAUGGAGAACUAUGUUGGGAAGUCCUACGAAACUACAGGUUAUCUCAAGAAGACUGCUGACUUCACGGAUGAGUCAGGUCAAAUUUGUGUUGUCCUCACACACGAUCCAGCUCAAAAUGAACUCAGCGUCAACGUUCUGGAGGCCAAGCAGUUAGACCUUCCAGAAUUCUAUAGGAAGCACCCACCUGAAACACUGGUCUCAGUUACCCUUCACAUUGGCAAGAAGAAGUUGGCUAACAAGAAGACACGUGUCAGAAGUGGAACCCUUGACCCCUACUUCGGUGAGACGUUUAAGUUCCAGGUGGAGAAGCAGAAGCUGAUAGUAGCCUCGUUGACAUUAAAGGUGAAAUACAAGGGUCAGGGUUUGGUGUUCAGGAAUGCUGGCAAAGUUGUAUUAGGCGCUGAUGCCUCGGAACCCUCUGGUCGAAAGCAAUGGGAAGAAAUGUUAGCUCACUCAAGACGCCCCGUGGGCAUGUGGCAACCCUUAUCCACUCCUGAGAAAUAG